AUGGCUUCUCCGCCAGAAGACCGACCCAAGAAAGAAUCAGGUCAGUCUUUGGACACGAGCCGGAAUCACCCUCUGGCAACCAUCACAGGUCACGCCCUGCCACCGGGGACGGAUUACACGCCCGUUAUAGGCUACCCGAACCUGAACCCACAUGUGCAACCACGCUUCCUGCCUCCACAAGCCUAUCAUGGUUACUUGCCUUCGAACGCAUGCAACAACGGCGCCUGCCCUUAUGAUCAGCCACGGCGAGCAGCCUAUUAUAAUUACCCCACACACUUAAAUUCCUCGCGCAGCUCAGGCUUCCGUCGCGGCUGUGUCGGGAUGAUUAUUAUAUUUGUCUUUCUUUCGUUCGUGAGCGCCGUCAUGGCGUGGCUCAUUCUACGUCCGGAGUUCCCGGUUUUCAGAGUGGACACGUUCUCCGUUUCCAAAUUCAACACCUCCGAUUCGGAUUUCACGGCCAAUUGGGACGCCAACGUUAAUGUUGAGAAUCCCAACCACAGACUGAAAGUUUACUUUCAUAAGAUUAAGAGUUGGGUGUCUUACAAAGAUAACAUCUUGUCGUCCUCUUUGAAUGCGGAGCCUUCGUUAUUCCUGGAUGCGAUGGGACAUGCCGUAUUGCAUGUGAAGCUAUCCACGAAUAACUCGUACGAUGAUCAGCUUGCGUGGGUAAAGUGGUUGGAGAUGGACCAGGACCGAAACGGCGGGUCGGUGAGCUAUAAUUUAAGGAUGAUGGUGUGGUCGACGUUCAAACGUGGAUGGUGGGGGCCAAGGCGCGGCAACCUGAAAGUUUACUGUGAUGAUUUGGAGGUUAGAUAUGCGGGUCACGCAACUAACAACCGAAUGUUACCUCCGGGGCAGUCUAGGGUGUGUACAGUUAAAGCGUGA